AUGGCUGCCGCCAAUACCUCCUUCUAUGUCUUUACCGGUGCUGAGAUCCACUGGCGCCAAGCCAAAUCCUUCAAUGGCGAUGCCGCCGCUAUGCAUACCCUGCUCUCCGGUUUGACCGGCUUCUUAAUUGUCGAGGGAAUCCUUUUGACAAUUUCUUUGUUUGUUGCCCAUCCUAUUCAUGCAAUCACUGGAGGAAUCCUGCAUGUCUGGGCCUGGCCUAUUCGGUGGUCGUGGGCUCGUGUGCGACCGCACGUGGAGCCCCUUAUCCAACGCUUCUGGCCUAAAACCAAAUCCGAAGCCCCCGACCUUCCCGAUCCUCGAAUCUAUGAACAGAUCAAUAUGGAUGACAACGAUGAUAUGAGUGAUAAUGAAGAGGGGGACCAUCUGUUGAAUACCGCUCAACUACCCAACCGCCUCCCGAAGUCCAAGCGAGUCACCGAUGGUGUGCUACAACGGUCUAUCAUCCUGGGAUUGUUCAGUCUCUUCCUCUUCCUCCGUUUCUUGCGGCCGUGGGAUCCGAUCUACAUGUACAUGUCAACCACCUUACCCUUGACGACUAUCAUCGAGGGCGCCGAACGUCACUCCCCCGUCGAUACCACCGGCGCACCCGGAAAUUUGAAUUAUUUGGACCAGGCUACCGCAUUGCGCCCACCACCACGUUGGGGCUGGAUGCCAAAGGAACCCAUCAGCGGUUUCGAGGACUGGGAUCAGACCGAACUCAUGGCGCUGCACUAUAACCCGAACGAUGACCCAUUGCAUAUCUCCAACCUCGAUCAACCCGUCCUGGAGGAGAUUCACAAGGCAUUGUCGAGCGGUGAUGUCAAGAUCAAGCAUGUGGUUUUCUUGAAACUAGAGAGUGCACGUGCCGAUAUCUUCCCGCUACAAAAGGACAGCUUCAUGUACAAUCGCAUCGCGGAAUCAUGGAAGGACAAGAAGAUUCCCGGAGAGGUGGUAGACCGCCUGGCAAACCUUACCCGCACCGCCGAGUUCUUGACCAACUUCCCCAAUGGAUUUGAGCACGAUGAUUCCCGUUUCGGCCGCAAAGCGUACGGUGGCAUUAGCGCCAGGGAUGCCAUCACCUCCGCCACAUAUACUCUCAAGAGUUUGACGGGAAGUUUCUGCGGUGUGACCCCAUUGGUCGCCGAUUUCAAUCGCGAAUUCGACCACCACAUCUACCAGCCCUGUCUGCCCCACGUCUUCGACGCGCUCAGCCAACAACCGGAUAUCACCAGCGAGACCGACGACUUCACCAAGUGGCCGUGGCACUCGACCUUUAUGAUGUCGGUCACCGAAACGUACGAUAACCAGGAUAAAUUGACUCCUCAGUUGGGAUUCCGUGACAAGCAGACCAAGGAGACCAUCACCAAGCCUGAAGCCAAGUAUUAUCCUGUCAAGAGUGCCGAGGUAAACUACUACGGAUAUCCUGAAACGGAGCUUCGAGGGUACAUCCGUGAUGCCAUCGAUGAUGCGGAGCGCGACCACCACCGUCUCUUCCUCUCCCAUCUCACGAGUACCACUCAUCAUCCAUGGGGAAUUCCGAACAAUACCUUCGAAGAGAUUAUGGGCUCCAAAUCCGGUUCGAACAACGAUAUGAAUCGAUACCUGAACUCGGUUGGUUACGUGGAUGAUUGGCUCUCGGAACUCAUCGAUAUCCUGGAGGAGAAGGGAGUGGCCAACGAGACCUUGUUCGUCAUGGCUGGAGAUCACGGUCUUUCUCUUCCCAACGACGGCGGUAUCACCCCCUACGACAACCCCCACGUUGGCAGCUUUAAGGUCCCUAUCGUGAUUGCACACCCUCUACUCCCUCCCGUGCAGAUCGAUACCCCAGUCAUCAACACCCAGAUCGUUCCCACCAUCAUCGACUUGUUGAUCGAGUCGGCAUCCCUCAGCGAGGACAGCACACGGUCCGCCCGCGAUCUUCGCUCGCUAUACGAAGGUCAAUCCCUGAUCCGGCCCCAGGUCGUCGAGAAAGACGGACGCGAAGCUUGGCAUUUCACCGUUAUGAACACCGGUGGUUCAUGGCUAUCCGUUCGGUCCGCCGCCCGACCCGAGUUCCGCCUCGUGAUCCCACUAGUCAACGACGUAGAAUGGCGCUUCUCCGACGUGUCCAAAGAUCCGAACGAGCUUAAGCCAAUGGAGCGCUUCAGCCUUGCAGAUCUCGCAGCCGCCGUCGAGAAGGAAUACGAUGAAGCUACUCUCGAGUGGCUAUACAACGCAUCCUACGUCGCCAACUGGUGGGUCCUGGAGAACUGGGACCGAUGGCACUACUCCAAAGAAGAGGCCAAGAAAGAGGAAAAGAAAGACAAGAUCUAA